AUGCCACGAAAACCGCGUAAAACGAAGCAAGAAUUGAUAGAGCAGGAGGGCAGGAUUGAAUGCGCGAUUCGCGAUUUAAAGAACGGAAAAAUCUCUAAUAUCGAGCAAGCUAUACAUGCCUACAACCUACCGCCCCAAACCCUACGUGAUCGGUUGAAGGGACACCCUUCUCGAGCAGAACUCCGUAACCACAACCACAGGCUAUCUGAGCGCCAGGAGAAGGCACUAAUAGGAUGGAUAGUAUCUUUAGAUAUUCGUGGUGCACCUCCUAGGUACUUCCAGGUACGAGAGAUGGCAUAA